GCCACACCUAUAGUUGCCGAUAAACUAUGAUUAUCCCUAGUCUGGGUUACUGUCAGAAGUGAGAGUGCGUAUAAAUGAGUACACCAGAUUUGGAUAGACAAACGUUUGAGUGCAAUCUGAAAUCCAGCAGACGAUUCGGGAAUACCAGCAUCUCGGCAGUUUCACCUAUUGACUUCAUUGUGGUCUUUUUGUGCAAUUCCGAUUAUCUGAAUUCAAACAACCGAGUGCUUCGACGAACAAUGUUUGCUUGGCAAUUUUUUGUAGCGGUUGUGUUGGCUCUCGUAUUGGAUGUUCUUACUUUACCGAGUUUCGGCUUUCCCGGAGGAGGGAACCAAUUUGGUCAUCACAGUACCAUUCAAUGUUUCCGGGCCUGCCGCACGCUCUCUAACAACUCUGUUAAAAAUCGUUAGAAAUCAAGGGCCUCGAUGACCUCAAUCAUUGAUAGUAAAAUUUUCGUUAGUGG